AUGGAACACAUGGAAGACCUGCUACGUCGUCGCCGAGGGCUAAGAAGCGCAUUGUCUCGCACAGUCAAUGAAGCCACAGAGAAGCUCACUGGUGUCGAUCUAGCGGAAGAGGACAUAGAAGUGCUCGUUGCUCGAGUAAAGAAGCAGAUGGACAAUUUGGAGCGAGUGGAUGCGGAGUUGGAACCUUUGUGGUCAGAAGAGGAAGUUGAGCAGGAACAAAAAGAAAGCUUCGAAUAUAUUGACCGAGCGACAGCUUUGCUGGCACGGCUACAGUUCAGGCUAGAACGAAUUAGCCCGACAAGGAGUUCGACAAGAAGCUCACAAGGACCUAUUCCAGAAGCGAGACAGGCUGAUGACGUUGGAAGUGGGAACGUUCGAGUCAGGUUGCCCAAGCUGGAGAUUAUAAAGUUCAACGGCCAGCGCAAGAAUUGGAUGAUGUUCUGGGAGCAGUUCCAACAAGUUGUCCACGACAACCAGAAGCUCAGCACGUGCGACAAGUUCAAUUAUUUACGAGCAGCACUGAUCGGGGAAGCGGCGUCAGCCAUUGCUGGGCUACCGCCAACGGAACGAUGCUAUAAUGAUGCUGUGGACAUCCUCAAGGGACGUUUCGGCGAUGAGUCGCUUCAGAUAGAGGACCACAUGGGCAGGCUCAUGAGUCUCCAGCCCGUGAAGACAGCCCAGGAUACGAAAGGACUACGGAAGCUUCAUGACGAUAUCUCAUCGCACAUGAGAGCGCUGAAAGCACUGGGCGUAGCCGAGGAGUCUUUUGCGUCGAUGCUGUAUUCACUCAUGAUACGGCUUGUACCUCAAGGAAUAGUCAUCAACUUCAAUCGAAAAAUGUUGGAAGCUCAAGAGGAGACAUCUACAAACAGUAACAAUCAGGCAGUUAGUGCCGAGGACACUUCAGUAGGUCCCGACAAGCAACACGUGACGAAGGUGACUGAAUUCAUGAAGUUCCUCCGAGUGGAGGUAGAGAGCAGGGAGAGAUUGAAUGCCCAUGAAGAAAAGCCUUCGUCAGGGUAUAAGCAGAAGGACAACGAAGCUAAGACCCAGCACACAAGGAAAUUCAGAAGACCGUCAUCGGCCUCAGCGCUACUUCAUACGUCAGAUGAUAGUCCAGAAUGCUUCUUCUGUAAAGCGCGGGAGCAUGGGACUGCAGAAUGCAACGCGACGAUUCCAAAUGAAGAGAAGCUGCGUCAACUGAAAGAAGCAGGACGAUGCUUCCGAUGCACUUUGCCAAAUCAUGUGUCAAGAAGGUGUUGGCGGAAGGUCAAAUGCGGGAAAUGUCAGAAGAGACACGUUUCGUCAGUGUGCAAGUUUGGAAGUCAAGAUUCUCCCAGCAAGGGCAAGUUGACCGGCGGGACGGCGCAGCUAAGCUUGGAGUUGGUGGAAGAGUCAAGGCGGCCAACAACCGUGCUGCAGACAGUCGUCGCCUGGUGCAAAGGAGAAGUGGGAGCGGACAAGUGCAAAGUUAUGUUUGACACAGGAAGCCAGAGGUCGUUUGUGACACUACAAACUGCUCAGAGGUUGAAAUGCAAGACAGUUGGUCACGAAGCAUUGAAAGUUGGCGUGUUCGGAGGACGACAAGAAGAGAGGACGUUUCGGCGAGUAUCCCUCAAGCUUCAGAGUAUGUACGGCGGUAUGGAGUACUACAUGGAAGUACUUGUCACGGACGUCAUCAGCACCCAAAACACAGUAGCGCCAUGUUCCAGCAUAAUCAACGAAAUGAAAGGAAGGAACCUUUCAGUACAGCACUUGGUCUGCCCUGAAAGUCGAGAACAUAUUCAGGUCCUCAUAGGCACUGAUCAAUACUGGGAUCUCGUAACAGGAAGAGUUUUGAGACUGGGAAGCAGUUUACGGGCAGUGGAAACAAGACUCGGAUGGACAAUUCAUGGAGUGUGCCCAGAAAGUGGAAUAAUCAAGCACUGUAAUCAGGCUCUGGUGUUACGGAUAGCAGUGGAUGAAUUAGAAACAGAUACGACGCUGAAGAAGUUUUGGCAGCUGGAAUCCAUUGGAGUGACACCUGACGCCGACGAUGAAAGGGACAAUACAGUGCUACGUCAGUUCUCAGAAACUGUGAAACUGAAGGAAGGGCGUUACGAAGUAGCGCUCCCGUUCAAGUCUACAGUGGACUUGGGAAGUAACAAAGAAGUAGCUCUGAAGAGGCUUAAUCAGUUGACUAGAAGACUCACUCGUAAUCAGGAGCUCUUGAAGAGGUACGACGAAACUAUACGAAUGUACAGUGAUGAGGGCAUGGCCGAGAGAGUAUACAGUGACGAGGAAGAUGUCGUGUACUACAUGCCACAUCAGGCGGUUCUCAGAGACUCGAGCACCACAACAAAACUUCGGGUGGUAUUCGACUGUUCGUCAAGCUGCGUCACUGCCAAAUCGCUCAAUCAGUGUUUAGAAGCAGGACCGAAUCUAAAUCCGGAUGUUGUGGAAUUGUUAAUGAAUUUCCGGAUAAAGAAAAUCGCCCUGGUGGCCGACGUACAAAAAGCCUUUUUACAAAUAGAAGUACGAAAGGAGGACAGAGAUGCCCUACGUUACCUGUGGUAUGAAACAACGCCAAAAGGAGGAGCGCCACUACCAAGAAUCCCAUUUGGUACGACGGCAAGUCCGUUUUUGCUUGCUGCUACGUUACGGAAUCAUUUCAAGGCGAUGGAAGAAGAGUACCCAGAGACGGCGAGCCGCCUAGGGAAACACAUGUACGUCGACGACCUGGUCAUCGGAGCCACUGAUGUGCAAGAGGCAAAGAAGAUCGCUAAAGAGGCAACAGAGAUUCUGGAGCGGGCGCACAUGAAGUUACACAAGUGGGCGUCAAGCGACAAUGACGUGCGUCAAUUCUUGCAAGCGGAGUCUGGUGAAAGGACAUUAGGAGACACGAAGGACAUGCAAAAGGUCUUAGGAUUAGCGUGGCUACCGGACGAAGACGUUUUAACGAUUUCAAUGAACGACGUAUGGGACAUGCAUCAGGAACGAGGAGACACCAAGCGACGGGUCCUGCAGAUCACCGCACGAGUUUACGAUCCUUUGGGAAUGCUGGCACCUUUCACCGUAUGCGCAAGAAUAUUCUUCCAGUUGUUGUGGAAACGAAAGGUUGGUUGGGAUGACAUACUGCCCAUAGAACUUCAACCAACAUGGAAUCAGUGGUGUGCAGAGUUGUUGCACCUGCAAGACCUGAAAGUAUCAAGGUACAGCGGCCAGGACAAGGAUGCAGAUGUCGUGUUCACGGAGAUACAUAUAUUCUGUGAUGCAAGCCCCGCAGCUUAUGGAGCGGUAUCAUAUACAGUUAUGGAAGAUUCCAGUGGUACAAAGAGCCCAACAAUGCUAAUGGCGAAGUCUAGGCUCGCACCGAUAAAAGAACUGACGGUUCCACGGCUCGAGUUGAUGGCAUGCUUGGUAGGAGCAAGACUAGCUUCCUACAUCACAGAAAAGAUUCAAAUCACUCCAGUUCGACGACACCUGUGGACAGAUUCCAAAAUCGCGCUUUCCUGGAUACGUGGAGAUCCACAACGAUGGAAACAAUUCGUCCACAAUCGAGUAAAAGAAAUUCACGAGCGCACGAGGACAACAGAAUGGGGAUACUGUAACAGUAAAGAAAACCCAGCAGAUUUGUUAACAAGAGGAAUCUCCGCACGAAAGUUGAUCGAAAGUAAGACGUGGUGGUCAGGACCAAGCUGGUUGUCUGAGGAUGAAAGAGAAUGGCCUGGUGGCAGCUCAGAUGGUGACUUUGCAAAAGACGAACUAGAGGAAAAGGAAUCAAGACACGUAUUGCAGACAGUAACGACGGUGACAGACGAAGUCAUCGACAUGCGAAGGUUCAGUACCCUGAAGAAACUGCACAAAGUCAUGGCCUGGGUUUUCAGAUUCACCGAAAAAGCGCGGAAAAGAAGUCGCCAAAGCGGACCGUUGACAGCGCAGGAAUUAAGAAGAGCUGAGGAACAGUGCGUGAAAACUGUGCAAGCAAACGCGUUCCCAGAGGAAAUAGCAGCUGUGCGAAGCAAGACAUCGCUCCCGAUGAGGUCAAAGUUACAAGGCACCAUGCUGUUCGUGGACGGAAAAGGCCUUCUCAGGUCAACAGCCCGAUUGCAGCAGAGCGACUUGCCCUACGACCAGAAGCGUCCCAUGGUAUUGCCAAAGGGAGAUCAUUAUUCGGAGUUGUUGAUCAGACAAUGCCACUGGGACUUGCUCCACUCCGGAGUAAGGGAUACACUUGUGCAAUUGCGGGAGAGAUACUGGAUUUUGCAAGCACGUCAGGCGAUCAAGAAAAUUUUGAGGAAAUGCGUCGUAUGUCAGCGAUAUAACGCAAGAGCUUCAGGACAAGAACCGGCUCCGCUACCAGCAGCAAGGGUGACCCAGGCAGAACCGUUUACAGUGAUUGGACUUGAUUUCGCCGGACCGCUGUGGAUAAGAACUCGACAAUCUGCGAAGAAGGGGCACUUCGUGAUAUUCGUGUGCGCAGUCACUAGAGCCUUGCACCUUGAGAUAGUACAAGACAUGUCAACAUCCACAUUUCUAUUAGCUUUCCGGAGGUUCGUGGCGCGACGGGGAAUGCCCAACAUAGUCUACAGUGACAAUGCCAAGACUUUUCGAAGGAGCAACAAGGAGCUGCGAGAGUUAUGGGACGUAGUCAACAGCAAAACAGUAAAGGGAAAGGUUGCUGACUGGAGAGUAGAAUGGCGAUACAAUGCUCCUCAUGCUCCUUGGUGGGGCGGCUUUUACGAGCGUUUAAUAAGGUCAGUAAAGGUUGCUCUGAAAAAGACGAUCGGAGCAAGGUGCCUCAAAGAAGCUGAGCUCAGUACGACAAUCACCGAGGUCGAAGCCGUGUUGAAUUCGCGACCAAUAACCUAUGUGUACGAAGAUGAAAAGGAGCGGCCAUUAUCUCCAUCAGCAUUUCUGACUGGAAAACGACUGACGACCCUGCCAGGUAUCCCCUCUGGCAAUGUGUAUGGAAGCAAUGCCACCACGAUACAAAGGUUGUGGCAGAAACGGGUGGAAUCUUUGGAACUGUUCUGGAAGAGAUGGUACUCGGAGUACCUCACAGAACUGCGCAACCUCUGUAGCAAGCGCAAAGGAGGCAUACUUCAAGUGGAUGACUUGGUCAUCAUCCGCGAAGACGGAAAACCAAGGCAAAGAUGGUCGAUGGGAAGAAUAGUCCGAAGUUUUCCCGGUAAAGACGGCAAAGCAAGAGCUUUCGAGGUUCGCAUCCCAAAUCAAGCAGUAGUGAUACGUCCGGGAGAACUGCUCUACAAGGUGGAAGUGUGA